AUGUUACAGCUUGAAGAUAAUAUUUGGGAUGAAUUUGGUGCUAGUGCUACCGAUAAUCAUAUAGUUCCUCGUACUGUUGAUGAAUAUAGGGCUCAAUUCAAAAUUCAAGGGGAUGGUCGAACAAAACCACAACACGAAGUGAUUGGACUUGCUAGGAAUGCAGAUAAUACGGCUAAAUAUGGUAUUUUGAGCGAGAAGAGAAAAGGCAUUCAUACUUUGACCAAGAACAAAAUGUUAGAAAAAUGUCCUUGGUCUCACAGUUCUGAUGGCAUAUUUCCCACUUCAGGUGAUAAUGACUCACUCAAAGAAGUUACGGGCAUGGUUUCUGAUGAUCCAAUGGUGUCCAGCCAGGGUCUCAAAAUUGGUGAUAUAGAUUCAGUUAGCAGUGAUUUCUGUGCUGAAGAUCCUGUCUUGGUUGACAACUGGGCUAUAGAGGACAAUAACAUCUACCGUUUUCCGCUAAAUCACAUGUCUGAUACUAAUGGUGAUCUCAGAUUUUUUAAUAAUAACCAUGAAGACAAAGAAAACUGCGAUCUCCUAUGUUAUGCCUGGGGAGACAUUGGAAAUUUUGAGGAUGUUGACCGGAUGUUCAGAAGUUGUGAUUCAACGUUUGGGUUGGGGAGUCUCAGUAAUGAAGAUGAUUUGUGCUGGGUUUCAUCUUCACAUGCUACUGAAGGAUCUCAGGAUGUGUUGAAGGCUGAUGCUAAGUUGAAUAGUUUACCAGAGCAUUGUGCAACUUCCAGGCCAGACAAUGUCGGUCUUUCAACUAUUGAUUCGUACAAGAAAAAUGUACUUCCAAGGGACAAAAUAAGUUCCCUUGAUACGAGUGGUGAUAAUCCUGGUCUUGCUGACAUGUCUUCUUUGGAUGUAUCCAAUAAAGAAUCUGAAAUUAAGGAUGACUUGACACCCACUGAGCAGGUUUCAGAUGAAAGAGUUGAUUAUCAGCCCACAGAAAAGGCAGUCCAAGCAACUGAGCAUCUGGAGAAGAAACAGAUCAUCUCCUCGAAAACGGUGGCUCUUAUCACCAUUAUGCACAAGCAAAACACGGGGCCUGAUUCUGUAAGCUAUGGGCAGGCCAGUGUUCCCUAUAUGCAUCACAAUAACAGCGGUCCUUCAAACCAAAUUUCAAGAUUUCCAACUCUAACUAGUGCCAAAUCUGAAAUUAACGAGCAUCCUUCGACAAACGAGUCAUCUUGUGCAUCGAAUCAGGCACAGUCGAUGGGAAAGCCAUUUCAUCAACAAGAUACAAAAGCCCUAGUCAACGGGAAUAUCAACCAGGCAAGAGUGGAAAGUCAGAUUGCAUUUUAUGAUCCAGUCACUGUUCAAAAGCAGGUCUGUCAGUCUGAACAGGACGAAGAUCAUAGUGAAGUUGAAGGAUUUAGUGUAGGGAAGCAAGCAGAAUUAGGCUUUUCAAACAGGACAAAACUGUGCAUACAGGAUAGUCUGUAUCGCUUGGGUAGAACUGCUGAACAAAGGCAUAACUGCACAGAUACGAAAAAUGGCAUUAGAGAUGAUGAAGAUGCAAGUGGUCCAUUGGUGGCCGAAGAAACAAACAAGUGCACUAGAUUUAUGGACAUAGAAACUGACACAAACCCUAUAGAUAGAUCCACAGCACACUUACUAUUCCACAGGUCUUCGGAUCCGUCUCUACGGCCUGCUACUGAUACCGCUUCUCUAAAGUCUCAUGGCAUGGUAAAGCACUUGUUCAUUUUCGUUUUGAAGAAAACUCAUGUUUCCCCUAAGCUCACAAAGCAUUAUGCUGCGGAUUUGAAAUGGCAGAUUCAUGGCUCCCCCACUGCUCGACCUGCCUCCGCUGAAAAACAAAUCGAUCAUGAAGAAAACGGUGCUGUUUCAGAUAACAACAACUUUGUGAAUUUGAUAAAAUAA